AUGCCACCCACCCCGCCCUACUUCCAGCUGCCCAUGACUCCCGCCGUCCCCAAACCCUCCUCCGCCUCGCACCCCACCCCCAACACCACCACCACAGCCGACCAACGCCCCCUGCCCCAACCAGCCCGCAAACCCCUCCUCCGGCUCCAACUCCACGACCUCUCCUCCCCCGGCGCCGCCUCCUUCCUCUCCCUGCUCGCCCUCCCCUCCUGCCUCGACGAAUGCAUCGCCGGCGUCCUGCAGCACCUCUACAGCACCUCCACCUCCACGACGCCCGCCUCCCACAUCCCGCCCACGCGCUCCGUGUCGCUGGUCCUGCGCUCCAUGCCCGGCGUCGCCUUCACGCGCUCGCUGGACCUCGACGCCGACCACAAGGAGAUCCACCUCAGCACCGACUACGUCUCCCACAUCCCCGAGUCGCGGCGGCGCGACGAGCUGCUCGGCGUGCUGCGCCACGAGAUGGUGCACUGCUGGCAGUGGAACGCGUGCGGCAGUGCUCCCGGCGGCUUGGUGGAGGGCAUCGCGGACUGGGUGCGCCUGCGCAGCGGGUUUGUGCCGCCGCAUUGGAAGCGCGAGGCCGAUGGGGAUUGGGACGCCGGGUAUCAGCAUACGGGCUACUUUCUCGAGUAUCUGGAGGAGAGGUUUGGGGAGGGGACUGUUAGGGGGAUUAAUGAGGGGUUGAGGGAGGGGAAGUAUGAGGAGGAGGCGUUUUGGGGGCGGAGGUUUGGGUGUGGGGUCAAGGAACUGUGGGCGGAGUAUGGGAAGUCGCUGAAGAGGAGGGAAGACAAGGAGGGUGGAGAGGAAAAGGAAGGCGGACAGGACAAGGAGGGCGGGAAUGAGAAGGACGAAUACACGAAGGGGAAGGGUGAAGAGAAGGAGGGGACGAAGAAGGAAGAUCGGGCGACGCAAGAGGCGGAAAAGCAAGAUGAAAGUUCCCAGUGA